AUGGCGGACCAGGUUGGCUUUAGAAUUCCAGAAUCGAUUCUUGCCGGUGUCAUGUUGAGCAAUGAACUGUCAAUCUCGGAUGGCAGCUUCCUUGCAAGGCUCUUCCUUCGUCUGCCUGCAGAGCUCUGGUACACGCUCCUAUCAUUCACCGACUAUCGUACCUUGGUGCUCCUGGCAUUGUCCUGCAAGAGAAUGGCCGUUGUCGUGAUCAACACUCAGGCCUUCCGAUUUGCAGCUGCUACUGAGGAAGCGGAGCAUGCGAAACUCGGUCAUUAUGAGUAUCUCGUGCAAAAGGCGUACUUGAACUUGAGGAUUGUCCGAUCCAAGCUCCACUGCAGCCACCACUUGUGUCCCUUCUACAUGAAGCCAAUUUGGGCGUGGUCGAAGAACGUCCGGCGCACAGCAGAGAGGUUGAUGGAGGAACAGAAGAAGAAGAAUUUGGAAGCGAAAAUGUUAGAGGACGGUCAGGACGACAAGGCCCUUCAGCAUGAGGGGGAAAAGUGCGAGAUGUCCAGAGUUCGGAUCCGCACCCAGACCGACAAUCAAAUCCACAACCAACUCCAGCGACUCUUUCAGCUCGGGUUAUUCAAGCGUUGA